AUGGAUAGAGCGGCGCGGCGCGCGGCGGCGAUGGGGGAGAAGAAGGAGGGCGGCGGCGCGGGGGACGCGGCGGCCGCCGAGGGGGGCGCCGGAGCCGCGGCCAGCCGGGCGCUGCAGCAGUGCGGGCAGCUCCAGAAGCUCAUCGACAUCUCCAUCGGCAGCCUGCGCGGGCUGCGCACCAAGUGCGCCGUGUCCAACGACCUCACCCAGCAGGAGAUCCGGACCCUGGAGGCAAAGCUUGUCCGGUAUAUUUGCAAGCAACGGCAGUGCAAGCUGAGCGUGGCUCCUGGUGAGAGGACCUCAGAGCUCGACAGCUACCCCCGCUUCAGUGACUGGCUGUACACCUUCAAUGUGAGGCCAGAGGUGGCGCAGGAGAUCCUCCGAGAGCUCACGCUGGACGUGCUGCUGGACAUGAACGAGGCCAAGGUGAAGGAGACGCUGCGGCGCUGUGGGGCUAGCGCGGAGGAGUGCGGCCGCCUGCAGUACGCCCUCACCUGCCUGCGGAAGGUGACAGGCCUGGGAAGGGAGCACAAAGAGGACUUGGGCUGGAGCGCAUUGGAUGCCCGGCGGGAAAGCAGCUCAGGGCCUUCCACGGACACCCUCUCACCGGCCAGCCUGCCCUGGCCCCCGGGCAGCGGCCAGCUGGGCAGGAUGGGCAGCAAUGCCCAGGGCCCCCGCUCCGUCUCCGUGUCAGCUCUGCCCACCUCGGACUUCCCAACGCCUGGGCCCAGUGAGGGCCUCACGGACACCUAUAUCCCCCUGCACGCCAGUGGCCGGCUGACGCCCCGCGCCCUGCACAGCUUCAUCACCCCCCCAACCACGCCCCAGCUGCGGCGGCACACCAAGCUGAAGCCGCCACGGACGCCACCCCCGCCCAGCCGCAAGGUCUUCCAGCUGCUGCCCAGCUUCCCCACGCUCACCCGGAGCAAGUCCCAUGAGUCUCAGCUGGGGAACCGCAUCGACGAGGUCUCCCCCAUGAGGUUUGAUCUCCCCCACGGCUCCCCGCAGAUGGUACAGAGGGACAUCGGGAUCUCGGUGACACACAGGUUCUCCACCAAGUCCUGGCUGUCACAGGUCUGCCACGUGUGCCAGAAGAGCAUGAUGUUUGGAGUGAAGUGCAAGCACUGCAGGUUAAAGUGUCACAACAAGUGCACAAAGGAGGCCCCCGCCUGCCGGAUCUCCUUCCUUCCAAUAGCUAGGAUUCGGAGGACGGAAUCUGUCCCUUCAAUUAUCAACAACCCGGUGGUCAGGGCGGCCGAGCCCCAUUUCGGAACCCUCCCCAAGGCACUGACCAAGAAGGAGCACCCUCCAGCCAUAAACCACCUGGACUCCAGCAGUAACCCGUCCUCCACCACGUCCUCCACGCCCUCCUCGCCGGCUCCUUUCCCAACAUCCUCCAACCCAUCCAGUGCCACCACGCCCCCCAACCCCUCGCCCGGCCAGCGGGACAGCAGGUUCAACUUCCCAGAGAUCUCGGCGGUUACACCGGCGGCGGCGGCCCCGUUCCCCGAGGUGGCGGACGGCACCCGGCCCGACGACCAGCCGAAGGCAGACGUGUCGGAGGAUCAUGAAGUGGAGGCCGAGGAGCCGGAGGCCGGCAAGUCGGAGGCCGAGGACGACGAGGACGAGGUGGACGACCUGCCCAGCGCCCGCCGCACCUGGCGCGGCCCCAUCUCCCGCAAGGCCAGCCAGACCAGCGUGUACCUGCAGGAGUGGGACAUCCCCUUCGAGCAGGUGGAGCUGGGCGAGCCCAUCGGGCAGGGCCGCUGGGGCCGCGUGCACCGCGGCCGCUGGCACGGCGAGGUGGCCAUCCGCCUGCUGGAGAUGGACGGCCACAACCAGGACCACCUGAAGCUGUUCAAGAAGGAGGUGAUGAACUACCGGCAGACGCGGCACGAGAACGUGGUGCUCUUCAUGGGGGCCUGCAUGAACCCGCCCCACCUGGCCAUCAUCACCAGCUUCUGCAAGGGGCGGACGUUACACUCGUUUGUGAGGGACCCCAAGACGUCGCUGGACAUCAACAAGACGCGGCAGAUCGCUCAGGAGAUCAUCAAGGGCAUGGGGUAUCUGCAUGCCAAGGGCAUUGUGCACAAGGAUCUCAAAUCCAAGAACGUCUUCUAUGACAACGGCAAAGUGGUCAUCACCGACUUCGGGCUGUUCGGGAUGUCGGGCGUGGUCCGAGAGGGGCGGCGUGAGAACCAGCUGAAGCUGUCACACGACUGGCUGUGCUACUUGGCUCCUGAGAUCGUGCGCGAGAUGACCCCCGGGAAGGAGGAGGAUCAGCUGCCCUUCUCCAAAGCUGCUGACGUCUACGCAUUCGGGACUGUUUGGUAUGAGCUGCAGGCAAGAGACUGGCCCUUUAAGAACCAAGCUGCAGAGGCCUUGAUCUGGCAGAUCGGAAGUGGAGAGGGAAUGAAGCGCGUCCUGGCCUCAGUCAGCCUGGGGAAGGAAGUCACGGAGAUCCUGUCCGCCUGCUGGGCUUUCGACCUGCAGGAGAGGCCGAGCUUCACGCUGCUGAUGGACAUGCUGGAGAAGCUGCCCAAGCUGAACCGGCGGCUCUCCCACCCCGGGCACUUCUGGAAGUCUGCUGACAUUAACAGCAGCAAAGUGGUCCCCCGGUUUGAGAGGUUUGGCUUGGGCGCCCUGGAGGCCAGUAACCCAAAGAUGUAG